UCAAGAGGCCAAGUGACUGACRAGCCCGUGACAACUAUGACGUCACAAACACUCAAUCUUCUUGAAGCGACAAAACAUGGCGACCAAAAUGCCAACAAACGCGCGGCAAACUUAGUCGUCUCCUCUGGGACCAAUUUAUCCUAAUCAUCCCWAAAAACUGAUAUAUUAGCCCGUAACAUGGUCGAUUUGUGUAAGAAAUAUGGAUUAAAUGUUGACUCCGUCAUCGAACAGCUGCUUGACUACAAAAACACACCCGGCAAACAGGUUCAAUUACCCGAGGUUCAAAUAAGAGCACUUUGCCAAGUAUCAAGGGAAAUCUUUCUGCAACAGCCAAUGCUUGUUGAGUGUGGUGUACCCAUCAAUAUAUGUGGUGACAUCCAUGGUCAAUAUGAAGAUCUUUUAAGACAUUUUGACACAAUAGGAUAUCCACCAAAGGCUAAUUAUUUAUUUAUGGGUGAUUACGUUGACAGCGCACCAAACUAUUGUGGUGAAUUUGACAAUGCUGGAGGGAAAUCAACACCAUGUUGUMUACUCUAUCUUCAAAACAGGAUGUAUGGAUUUUAUGAUGAAUGUAAACGAAGAUACAAUAUAAAGCUAUGGAAAACGUUUACUGACUGCUUUAACUGUCUACCUAUAGGUAAGACCAUACUGUUGUAA